AUGGCCGAGAGGCCGCAGCCGCCGGGCGGCGCCGUGUCUGCUACCGCCUACCCCGACACCCCUGCCGAACUCCCCCAGCAUCUCCAGGCCGGCGCGAUGCGGCGCCGCUUCUGGGGCGUGUUCAACUGCCUGUGCGCCGGCGCGUUCGGGGCCUUGGCCGCCGCCUCCGCCAAGCUGGCCUUCGGCAGCGAGGUGAACAUGGGCUUAUGCAUCUUAGGCAUUAUUUUGAUGGCAAGCACCAAUUCUUUGAUGUGGACCUUCUUUAGCCGGGGCCUCAGUUUCUCCAUGUCUUCAGCCAUUGCAUCUGUCACAGUGACUUUUUCAAACAUCCUCAGCUCGGCCUUCCUGGGCUAUGUGCUGUACGGAGAGUGCCAGGAGGUCUUGUGGUGGGGAGGAGUGUUCCUCAUCCUCUGUGGACUCACCUUGAUCCACAGGAAGCUCCCACCAACCUGGAAGCCCCUUCCACAAAAGCAGCAAUAGCACCAGUUGGCUAGACCGACCAGCUGGAGAGAGAACUAUGGAGGCCCAGCCACAGGUUGGCACGAGGGACUGCUUCCCAGGGUGAGUGUGCAGCUUUCCAACCAGCAGCCAAAGGGAGAUGCCAGACUGGCCAGGCCUUCAGGCCAACCCUGCUCCCAAGAGAAGCAGGCCUCUGACCAAGCAGCCUUGAGAGCGAACAGCUCUGGCUUCUGUAAGGAGAGGGAUAGCUGCAGCAGUGUUCUGCCUAAAGCCUUCUUGAUAAUCUGUAUAGUGCUUUUGAUUCUCAUAUUCCAGGGCCACCCCAGUGAGCCUUGGCAGAUGCUGGAGGUCCUGGGGUUGGUCCACUUUGUAUAUGGUAUUGCAAACCACACUGUAAUUAUGUCAUAUUGCCUAACAAAGACCAGUUAUGUAACUCUAGAAUCAGUGACUGGUGGGGCUCUCUGACAACUCCAUGCUGAUGUAUCAGGCCAUCUGUGUCAUGCUUAUGUGUUAUGGCAAGAGAAAGAAAACCGAGUUAAUAAAUACUUUUUUGUAAGUUAAAACUA